ACCUAUACAUUCACUACCUAGUCUCAUGGUUCAUGGCCUCGCCCAGUUAUCUGCCACCCACCAUCGCCACCCUGUUAUAAGCGACGGGAUGCGUGACGGUUCACCGCCCUUUAAUGGCGGCUUUCGCGGGUCGCGGCUGCUUCCGCAGGCGUGGAUUGAGGAGCAACUCGCGGAUCAGUACCAUGAGAUACAGGGCUUGCUUCUCGAUAAUCAGAGGUUGACGGCUACUCACGUCGCGCUAGAGCAAGAACUUGCUGUCCUCCAUCACGAGCUCCGGCGCAUCUCCCACGCUGCUGGGUCUAUGCAGGCUGAGAGAGAUGCUGAGUUUCGGGAGGUUUAUGACAAUUCCAUGAAGAUGAAUGCAGAACUUAGUGCUGCUGAUGCGAUGAGGGCAGAGCUCAUGCAGGUUCAGGGUGAAAUAGAAAAGCUGAAUGCAGCACGGAAUGAUCUUACAGCCAAAGUUCAGAUGCUUACCCAAGACAUGGAGAUGGCCUCAGCCGAAUUGCAACGGGCUCUGGCAAUUAAAGCUGAAAUUGAAGCCAUGAAGCAGGAAGUGCAGCGCAAUAGGGAUGCUAUAGAGUACGAAAAGAAGGAAUAUGCUGAUAAUUAUGAACAAGGUCAGUUACUAGAAAAAAAUCUAAUAUUGAUGGCUCGCAAGGUAGAAAAGCUACGCCUAGAGGUGGCUAAUGCUGAGAAGAGGGCUGGAGAGGGAGAAGCUGCUGGAAAUCAAGGUACAUGCGUCACUUUUUUCCUGCAAUUAACAGAUCAAAGUUGCUCAAAAAAUUUGGUUUUGUGAAAAUAGACAAUAACAAUCAUCACGUCC